AACCUCAUAAAAGUUUUGCUUUUGUUAAGGAAUCACAUACAAUUUUAUUUAGGAAGCAACAAUUUUAUUAGAAUUUCAUUAUCAAUGUUUUGAAAAAGUUCAAUUUGUGUACAGAAAAGUGGAAACUAUACUGUAAACAAUAAUGUCGGCAUACCAUCGAAAUGUACAAUAUCUGCAACAACAGUUUUCGGCUUUGCUACACAACACAUCGCCUGUUAUUACGCUUAUCUGUGUGGUCACUGGCUUUGGAUAUCUACUUUCAUACUCUGAGACCGCUGUGCUGUUGUUGAGUGUCACACCAGGCAAAAUACUACCAACUGAUGAAUUCUGGAUAUGGACAGCGUUUACAUUUUGUUUUAUUGAGUUGCACUGGUGGGAAGUGCUCGUCGAUGUCGUCACUGUGGGCCUAUGUGGCAAAAUGCUGGAACCCUUAUGGGGACAAUUGGAAAUGUUUAAAUUUUUUGCGCUAACCAAUUUCGGUGUAUCCAUACUGACAACAAUAUAUUAUCUGCUAUAUUUCGUGGUAACCGAUAAUGAAAGUAUACUCUUCGACGAACAUAUACAUGGACUGGCUGGUUACGUAGCAGGAAUCUGUGUGGCAGUACGACAAAUAAUGCCCGAUCAUUUGAUUUUCAAAACACGUUGGGGCAAAUUAACUAAUCGAAAUGUGCCCCUAACUGUACUAAUGACGUCAAUACUUAUGUGGGCGCUUAAAUUAUUAGAUGGCACGUAUCCAACAAUGUUCGGUUCUGGACUUAUUGUGGCAUGGAUUUACUUACGCUUCUACCAAUGGCAUCCAAAUGGACGUGGUGAUAGUUCAGAGAGUUUUACAUUUGCCAGUUUCUUUCCAAACGUCAUGCAACCAGUAAUUAGUAUUUUAGUAAAUCCCAUCUAUAUAUGUUGUUUGAAAUUGGGCGUUGUCAAAACACCAGCGCCGCCGCGUGCAUCUUCACUAGCUGGCAGUUUGUCUUCAGUGUCCAUACAAAUGCCCGGUGUGGAUGCACAUGAUAUAGAACGACGAAGACAAAUUGCGCUAAAAGCAUUGAGUGAACGCUUAAAGUCUACAGAUGCAGCGCGGCAUACGCAAUUGCCCAAAUCCUUCCCAACAGUAAGCAGUGGUGGUGCGCAUAUGUCGGGACAUCAUCAUCAACACCAACACAAACACCAACAUCAUCACAGCCAACAGCAUGGACAUCAUAGUCAUGGCCAUGGGCAUAGUCAUAAUCACCCACACGGUGGUCAUGGACAUGCACAACAUGCGCCAGAACAUGUCAGUCCAGAGGCAUUACUAAAUCCCUCUUUUAUGGGAAAAUCACAGUAUGCUAGCGCCAACAUUACAUCACCAAUAACAAUGGCGCGUGCCGAACCACGUAUGAUCAGUACAAUGAGUACGAUAGCGAUACCAAUGCCGGCGCCACCGCCUAGAAAUGAUGUAAAUACUGGUACAACAGGGAGUGAUGCGCUAAUCGAUCUGAGCGGUACGGCUGAGCAGUAGGUAAUAUUAUUAAGUAAGCGUUACAAAAAGUAAUUUGGUAUUUUGUUUUAAACGGAUAAUAAUAUAUGUAUGUAUAUGUAUACACUCGCAUGAAAAAAAGACGCACCACAAACUGAAUGCACACUUAAAAAAAAAGCGUAGUUCCAUUCUUAGAAGUGGUAAAAUGUGAAUAAAAUGGGAGCGGUACUACUUGCAAAAAAACGAAAAAUAAAGCGAUAUUGUUUUGUAGAGUACAUUACAAUAAGUUAUAUUAAAAAAGAAUGUAAUCAAACAGAUGUAUUUACAAUUACACGUUCGAAAUAUGAACUUGUCAACGAUAAUUAAAUGAUAUAUAUUAAUAUAUACAUACAAC